AUGUCGCCUACAAAAACCAGCGACCCUUUCCGCUUCUUCGACCUUCACUCCGAGCUUCGAGGCAUGGUCUACAGCUACUUGACACGAGAGGACUACAUCUACGCCAUCAUCAAACCAUCGCCAGUCGACCCAGCCAGAGAAUUCUGCUUCGGCCAUACUUGGUUCUCGCCCCUCCUCCUCAUCAACAAGCAAUUCGCAGACGAGUACCUCGAUCACGUCUGCAAGCUGCAUCUCACCUGCCACGCUCUCUCGAUCGCUCAGCCAAGCAAGAGACAAAUCAACCCGGCCCCUGCGAUGAACGCUCUUUUCCGCGCCCGCAGCUUGACUGGCAGUGGAUACAUUUCUACUAAAGAAGAACUAGACGCCUUCAACAACGCCCCCAACACCACCCUGCCCGCCAUCUUCGCCCUCAUGCCCAACCUCACCACCUACAACGAACGCCUCUACAUCUUCGCCUGGGCCAUCACCGCCGCCCUCGCCACCGGCGACGCCACCUUCCUGUACGUCUUCGCCGCCCAAACCCUCAACGCCAAGAAGCGUGACUUCCUGCUCGCGCUCGCCAGCCACGGCAUCACGGGCGACAUCGCCUACAAACCUCGGGCUUUCGUCGGAGAGCUCCUCACCAGCGAUCUGGGGACGCGGGGCCCGAAUUCGAGGUUGUGGGUCAUGUUUGCGGCGACGAUGAGGGCGAGGGGGGAGGUGGAUGGGGAGUAUUUGUGGAAUGGGUUGGAGUUGGAGGUGGUCAUGACAGGCUGA